AUGGGGCCUGAUGGCUCCCCCAAUUCCCUGUCCACCCUCUAUGACUCCUUGACCUCGCACGCCUAUCCUCGGUCUGGAGUCGCAGCGAUCAUACGGUUCUUUCAUUCAGUCCGCGCGGCGGCCCAACAGGCCACUUUCACCUCCUUCGUCAACGACCUUCGCACUCUCUACCGUAAUGACACCGUGAACUGGGGCCAGGUAGUGUUCUUGACCACCUGCGCGAUCACAAUGGUUGGGUGUGGGCUCUUGUCGUCUCUGGCGAGGCGCAGGCGAUCCCUCCAGACGGCUCGGUCAUCCCUGCGCAAAAGCUCCACUAAAUCCUCCAAGACCCUCACGUCAUCAUCGGACGACGACUACGAGGACGAAGACUAUGACAGUAAUGGAUCUUUGCAUCAUGGCACCAAUCCCAAUUACAAGCCCGACGACGAAUGGUCGUCUCGGCCUCAGCAGCAAACUUCUGAUGGUGCGUGGGUUUCAAACUCUUUUGGGAGACCACUGGCUAACUCUCUCCCAGCAUUCAAAACCGACCCCGGUCUUCUGAAGAAAUACACUUCCUAUGCGUCUUACACGACCUCCGUGGCGACCUACCCGGCCAUUCGGACCUUCUACAGUCCGCACCCACACCUGAACCGUCUCCCCACCGAACCCUCUCCGGUCCCAUUGUUGGUGUUUGUCCACGGACUCGGCGGAUCUCUUGCACAAUUCCAUCAUCUCCUUACUAGUUUGUCUAAUGUCGGGUCAUGCUUUGGCAUUGAUUUACCCGGGUGUGGUCUGUCCAAAUUUGCGCCGACCAAUUGGGACGCAUACACCGUCGAGGCCUUGGCUGAACUCCUGGUCGAAGCAAUUGAACAGCACCGGGACCGAGAUGCCGGUCAGGAAGUAGUCUUGGUGGGCCAUAGCCUAGGCUGUUCCUUGUCUGCACUGCUGGCUUCGUCAAACUCGCCUAUCGGUAAGAACCUCAAAGAGCACAUCCUCGGACUCGUUGCUGUGUGUCCGAAGGCAUCCCCUCCGUCACCAGAAGAAGUGACUGUCUUUCGCCGACUGCUUUAUGUUCCUGGUCCUCUCUUUGACCUUUGGCGUUGUUGGGACCGACGUGGCGGCGCAAAGAGCGCUAGCGUUAUGAGGAUGGUGGGUGAUGAUGCCGACUUGGAGACACGAGACCUUCAGGUUCGCUUCAACAAACAGAGCAAGACGCCUGUGUGGCGCCGGAUGGCAUGGGGCACUCUUCCCGACUACAAGAAUGGGGACAACCAAGCCAAUGGAGGUAUCCCUGGAGAGUGUGUCUGGGCUGGGAUUCACAUUCCGAUGUUGUUGGUUGCCGGUGAAGCGGACUCAGUUACCAAGCCGGCAGAGGUACAGAAGCUUUUGAAGCUCUUUGGCAAGGGUUCAACCCAUACCAGGAUUGAUUCCAGUGGGAGCAGUAUCAUCCCGGAUGCCUCUCGAGUCCAUGACUCAGCUCCAGCAUCGCCCAAUCCUCUCGCUCAUGAAGAGUAUUAUGGCGUCGAGCCGACCGAUCAGGAGAAACAAAACAGAUUUGUUGGCGAUAAGCGAAAGCGACUAGUCAAGUCAGUCGUUCUGCCGGCGCCUGCGUCACACGCCCUCCUCUACGACCGCGCAACCUAUCGCACGCUCUCAGGCAUCAUUCAAGACUUCUUGUCCCAAAACAUCGACUCGCGUCUAGGUCUGGGUUGGCAAUUGCAAUACAUGAACACGUCGGGGAAAUGGGAUGUCAAGAACCUUGCCAAGUGGCAGAAGGUCGCACCCGUUUCGGAGCCAAUCGCCAACACUUUUGCGGCGCUCAAGAUGCUGCGCGAGGUCGACGACCAACAUAAUCCGGUAAUCUUCUCGCAGAAGUACCAUGGUCGCAUCCACGCCGUUGUCGACAUCAGCCAUGAGAGCCCGGUCUACAAUCCCGUCCAAAUGGAGAAGGGUGGAAUCCGUUACUACAAGCACCCGACGGUGUCCAAGAUUCCGCCAACCCCUGACGAAACGCGCGAUUUCAUUGCUCUGAUCGACCGUCUCCAGCGGGACAUCGAUGACCAGAUGGAGAAGCGCGAGGUUCCGUCUUUGCCUCGUCCCUUGGUCGGUGUUCACUGCCACUACGGCUACAACCGUACUGGGUUUCUAAUUGUCUGCUACCUCAUUGAGCGGCUUGGGUUUGGUGUUCAAGACGCCAUCGACGAGUUUAAUCGAUGCCGGCCUCCGGGCAUACGACAUGGACACUUUGUCGAUACACUGUUUGUACGGUACUGUGUUGGGCUGCAGCGAGCGCCCACUCUGUAA